ACGCUGAAGGGAAUUCGAAGCGACGACAAUGGAACAUCUCUUCACCGAACGUCCCCCGGGCAACAACCCAGCAAUGCGCUGUUGCAACCCUGGAUAGAAACAUACAUCGCCUUAUACCGAUGGAUAAAAAAGAGUGUCCUGCUUCGGCUUGGUUCGCUGCGAUGAACAGAAAAACGAGGGAUCGAGAGUCAAACACCUACAUCUUGAAAGAACCGAAGCUCACGGUUCUGAUACUAUACUACAACGAUGAUCGACUUCUCGCACAUCAAUUGGAUUCCUGGAUAAAUUAUUCCGAAGAAGUUCUAUCCCGAAUUAGAUUCGUCAUCAUCGAUGAUGGAAGCAUUGUUGGACAUCGUGCAAAAGAAUUUCUCGAAUUAAAUGUUCAUAACAAAUCCGAUAAUCUUGACAAUGAAUCUACUACUACAUCUAUUGAAGAGACAAACAUCCAACGAAUGAAAUCCAAUCACAGCAACGCCGAUGAGAAGAAUCACUACGGAUCCGAAGCUUCAAACGUGACUUCACUAGACAUCCGCAUCUACGAAAUAGAUCAGGACAUUGACUGGAACGUUGGUGGAGCACGCAAUCUCGGCUUUUGGAUAGUAUCUCAGAAUUAUGGAGAAUCUUUCAAUGCCGAGACGUCAGGACACAAAAUUAAACCAGUUAGAAAUAGCACUUCGCCGUGGGUAUUUAUGAACGAUGCAGACGUUCUUGUCCCAUUGGAAACGAUGGAAUUCGUUCUCGGAUUGAUGGAGAAGAAGUCAAAUUUGAGCGCUGACUCUGCAUCCUCAGUUUCUGUCGGAGCGAAGUCUCACUUUCCCGAGAGUGAUGCAUAUAUGAACGAGACAAAUCCUGUGUAUGCAAAUUUCCAGAGAAUUGGCAGAAAAGGAAAACUGAAAAACAAAUAUCCUCACCCCGCAGUGAUGUUGACUACAACAGACUCUUAUUGGGCCGCAGGUGGGUGUGACGAAGAUUUUGUGGGGAAUUAUGGCUGGACCGAUCCGCAUUUUUUUUAUAGAGCCAACGAAAGCCCCUCGCUGGAAGUUGUUAGCAUUCACAAACGAAUGGAUAAGUUCUCCAUUCCACCCCUCGUUGAGAUGUCGAAGAAAUACGAGAAAUCGUGUCCCGAAACAUUGAGUUGCCUGCCACUUCCAGCAGAACACAAACCCAAAACGAAAAAGAAGAGGAAAGAUCGAUCGAGCGACAAACGAGAUAACGAAGAAAAAUAUUUCACAAAACCCAAACUGUCGAAAAAUAACACCAUCAACAACGAACUAUACAUUCAUAAAACAACCGAAGGCGAUUGGUCGGACAAAUACCUAAGAUUCACUUGGAGACGUGUUUGGUAGACCUCGAAGAUUGUAGGAUCGUUUUCGGCACGCUGCAACUUUUUCGAAUCCUCCGAAUGAAUUCUAAUGAAUCUACUGAUCCACA